UACUCUUCAAGAAAAAGCAAGAAAGGCAAAAAGUAAAGAAGUGCUCCUCGAAAUUAACGCCUUUGGACUUUUGGACUCCCCGGAGGAUAUUUUUUGGCUUAAAACAUCCGCAAUCGGACCGAGGAAUGGCAGCUGGAGGACCUCCACAGCCCCCCGAGCAACCCAAGCUCUCUGCGUUUCUCUCCGUCGACAACGAAAUGGCGAGGAGCGCGAACAGAGAUUCGUCUCCGAAGCCUUCAUGGUUCACCCCCAAAAGGUUACUUAUAAUCUUUUGUGUCAUUAAUAUGGUAAAUUAUGUGGAUCGAGGAGCAAUAGCAAGCAAUGGUGUGAAUGGGAGUCGUAGGACAUGCACAGAAAGUGGAAUAUGCACUUCGGGUAGCGGAAUUCAGGGGGAUUUUAACUUGAAUAAUUUUCAAGAUGGUGUUCUAUCAUCUGCAUUUAUGGUUGGACUUCUUGUUGCUUCUCCAAUAUUUGCAUCGUUGGCAAAGAGCCACAAUCCUUUUAGGCUUAUUGGAGUGGGAUUAUCUGUUUGGACAUUUGCUGCAGCUGGUUGUGGUGCUUCCUUUGAUUUUUGGACUAUUGCAAUAUGCCGCAUGUUGGUUGGUGUUGGUGAGGCUUCAUUCAUAAGUCUUGCAGCUCCAUUCAUAGAUGACAAUGCUCCUGUUGCUCAGAAAACAGCAUGGCUUGCAAUGUUUUACAUGUGUAUACCAACUGGGGUUGCUCUGGGCUACGUGUACGGUGGACUUGUUGGAGGCCAUUUUAAUUGGCGUUGUGCAUUCUGGGGGGAGGCAAUUUUAAUGUUUCCGUUUGCUGUUCUGGGUUUUGUAAUGAAACCUUUACAGUUGAAAGGUUUUGCUCCCGCUGAAUCAAAAAAGGCAUUGACAUCUGAGACAGCUGCUCCUGAAAAUGAAGGUUCUGGACAGUCAAAUGUUAAUGGUUGUAUGAUGACUGGAAAUGAAGGUAUCCAUAAUCAAGCCUCAAAUAAAAUGUCCAAGUCAAAGGGUGUGUUUUGUAGCCAGUUCUCAAGAUUGUGGAAAGACACAAAAGCACUUUUGCUUGAGAAAGUCUAUGUUGUCAAUGUUCUAGGUUACAUAGCAUACAACUUUGUCAUAGGAGCUUAUUCAUAUUGGGGGCCAAAGGCUGGCUAUAACAUUUAUCACAUGAGCAAUGCGGAUAUGAUGUUUGGUGGGGUUACAAUUGUGUGUGGAAUUUUGGGAACUUUAGCUGGGGGCUACAUUCUGGAUCGCAUAGAUGCCACGAUUUCUAAUGCUUUUAAGCUUCUUUCUGGAGCAACAUUUCUGGGGGCAAUCUUUUGCUUUAGUGCAUUCUGUCUAAGUAGCUUGUAUGGUUUUUUAGUCCUUUUUUCAGUUGGAGAGCUGCUUGUCUUUGCCACCCAGGCUCCAGUUAAUUAUGUGUGUCUUCAUUGUGUGAACCCAAGUUUGAGACCAUUAUCAAUGGCUAUAUCAACUGUUUCAAUCCACAUAUUUGGUGAUGUUCCUUCCUCACCACUUGUUGGUGUCCUGCAGGAUAAUGUUAACAAUUGGAGGGAGACAGCGCUUAUUCUAACAUCUGUUCUCUUUCUUGCUGCUGGAAUAUGGUUUGUAGGGAUGUUUCUGAACAGCGUGGAUAAGUUUAAUGAAGAUGCUGAGAAUCAAGUGUCCCCAGUCAGGAAAGCCAACAUGAAACCAUUGCUUGAAGGGAACAGGGAUGAGUUGCCAGAUACCCCUGUAGAGACGUAGAUUUUCACAGCAUUAUGUUUAUUAUUAUGGCUGUGCUGUGAGAAACCUUGUGAAUAACACCUCUUACUGGCAUUCUUCUGUUUUUUAGUUCAUGAAUUUUUGUAUAGUUCAUCAAUUAUCAAUGUUCUCACACAAUUUUUUACCUUCAAAA